AUGGCACACAACCUAUAUCUAAAUUUUAACGAGAAUAACAAUGGUGAAGGUGAAAGAGGAGCAACAACAGAGACAACCUUAACCCCGCUCGAUGAGGUCACAAGGUCAAAAGCCUUCAAAGAACUUAACGAAGAUACCAAGGAUCGAUUGGAGGCUGUUGAGUGUUUGAGGUCCUGGAUCAACACGCAACCAGCUUAUAAAUAUACAAAGUUCCUAAUUUCAUUUUUGAGGGCACGCAAGUUCAGCCAAUCAGGAUCGAGGGAUUUGUUGAAGAGGCAUUUGAUGAUGAAGACGAAGAUGAGAGGGUGGUUCGAAAAUGUGGACCCCUGCGAAGCUGGCCUGCUGGCCGUCCUCAAAGAUGGAUUUGCGCACCCACUUUCGAAAAGAAGCCCUGAUGGAUGCCUCAUCGUCAUGUUCAACUAUGGCAAACUCCGACCCUGGUGCGGCCGAUACACCAAGCAAGACAUUUUGAGGGCGAUCGUCUGUGUGACCUAUUUUAUUUUUUUCCUAAAUGAACUGACCCAAAUUAACGGCGUCUACAUCGUCAACGACCUUUCCAACAUGACCUUCAAACAUCAGACGUUGUUCUCACUGGAGGAGCAGCGAUUGUUCUACGGUGGCUGGCAUAAAAGCAUUCCAGCUCGUAUCAAAAAGAUCUGCCUAUACAACGUUGGAUCGUUCGGUGACUUCUUCUUCAUGAUCCUAAAGAUGGUGACACCUGAUAAGCUCAUGCACAGGAUUAUCAACUGCGGCAGUUCACUGGAGGAUUUAAGCAAAGAAAUCCCAGAGGAAUGCUUACCAGUUGAAUACAAAACCGUCGGGAAUGCUGAGAAAAAUGACUCCACCACCAGCGAUAAUAUUGGUUACAAGAUUUUUAUGAUGAAUGAUGCAGAGAGUAUGCUUGAAGAAAUGAUGAAGCCAGAAGUACGGAGCCGCAUUAUGUACCUCAGCGAUCCUCAGUUCCACAUGGAUGCCAACAAGUUAUCCAGCCCCUCAGUCGCUGAAUCUUUCAGAAAAUUCAUUGCUGACUGA